AUUCCACUGUAUCCGAGGAAAGGGUUAAAAUUUGCGUUUCUGGAAGAUGGAUGCCAUUGUUUUAUAUAAAAACGUGGCACAUCCAUCAUGGAACCAACCAGUCAAUAUUACAAUACAAUUAAAAUGAAAUUCGCUCUGACAUUUGUCAUUCUUUUGGUGUUUAGCAUUUACCACAACAACAAUGCUAGCCCGACAUCGAUCCGUACAUUUGAAGAGUUCAAACGACAAUUCAAUAAACAAUACCAAAGUAUUGAACAUGAGGAAAUUGCACGAAAAAAUUUCCAAGAAACAUUGCAAUACGUUCAAGCCAAUCAAGAUAAGGCAGUCAUCAAUGAAUAUGCUGAUUUGUCGGCCGAAGAAUUCGCCGAUGGAUAUUUAAUGAAUGUCCAAGAUGUCCAAGAUUUAGAAGCAGAAAUGGAUGCACACAAAGAAUAUUUUGAUGAUCCGGAUUGUGAAUUGCAUGGAGAUUUUAACCCACCCAAGGAAUUUGAUUUACGUCCACAUCUAACACCAAUCAAAAAACAAAUAAAAAACUGUGGUUGCUGCUGGGCUCUAUCUACCAUAUCUUGCGUGGAAACAGCAUAUUUGGCUCAAAAAAAUGUCUCAUUACAACUAUCGACACAAGAAUUGGUCAAUUGCGCCAAAGAACACGGUUGUAAGAAAGGCACUGUUCUUGACGGCAUCGAGUACAUUAUGGCCAAUGGAACUACCACCGAAGAAGCUUGUCCAUUCAUAUCUGAGGAAAGCACCUGCGAUCAAUCAAAAAAUCCGAGAUAUGAAAUAAGCAAUUGGUGCUAUUUUAAACCUGUCGAAGAUGAUAUACGAAAAAAUCUAGUUCUGAGACGAACUUCUGUUUCGGUUUCGAUGAACAUUAAAAAUCUAAAAGCUUUCGUCCAUUACGAUGGAUCAUUCGUCAUCAGAGAAAAUUCCUUUCCAUCUAUAGGCAAUAAAUCGUACCAUGCUGUUAACAUUGUCGGCUUCGGAACUAAAGACGACAUCGAUCAUUGGAUUGUACGGAAUAGUUGGGGGGAAAAGUGGGGAGACAAAGGUUACUUUUACGUGGAAAGGGACAUCAACUUAUGGGGAAUCAAAGAUUGGGCAUUUACAACUAUUGUCUGAAAAAAAAUUAAACAAACUUGAUUUCAAUUUCAAUAAUUUUCAAAUCAUUAUUCAUUUGGAUCCAAAAUAAAAAAUCUUGAAAACGCAAACAUUAAUGAGCAAUCUUUUUUUUGUUAAAAAUCAAGUGCUAUAAGAUUAUUGAUAGCACUUGAUCACCGUGGUUCGUGCAUUUUCCUGUUGAAAAACCAAUCAUUAAAUCUAUCCAAAUAAGUAAUUGUAACAACAAAAGCCAUGUAAAUUUGCUAUUUUUGCCAUAUUUAUCCGGUGAAAUGAAGAUCAUAUCAAACAGAUAUUAGCACAAA